AUGCUGCGACAAGACUUUAACCGCAUCGACCCCAAGCGGAAGAGCGUCGUCGACCCCCGUCGCAAGCAGUUCGCGACGGUCCAGUACAAGGAGGCCGACUACACACAUCGCCUCAACUUUUACGCGGACGCCCCGACGGCCGACAUCACCCUCGAGCAGUUUGAGCAAUGGGCCAUUGACCGUCUUCGCGUCCUGGCUGAGCUCGAGGCGUGCUCGUUCCGAAACAAGUCGCCCGCCGAUACGGCGUCGUACAUGAAGCCCAUCCUCGAAAAGUACCUGCCGCUUGACUCCAACUCGUCGUCGUCGACGCGCCGCGACGCGCAGCGCCAAAAGGACCACUACAGCCACUUCAUCCUGCGCCUCGCCUUCGCCUCGACCGAGGACCUGCGCCGCCGCUUCGCCCGUGUCGAGACGAUGCUCUUCCGCAUCCGCUUCGCCGCCGACGACCUCGCCGACCGCUCCGCCUUCGUCGCCGGCCUCGACUUUGACUGGUGGCACCCUGUGUCCGCCGAGGAGCGCCGCGAGUACGCCGCCGAGCUGGCCGCCAUGGCCGCCGCAGGCGCGAGAGGCAAGCCUGGCGCCGCGGCGGCGGCGGCGGCGUCUGCCGUGGAGGAUGAGGGCUGGUUUAGUGUGGACUGGGAGCGCGUGCCGGAGCUGGUCGAGAGUCGCCGCGUCUUUGUCCGGGCCGGCAAGGCGUUUGUGCCGGUGCGUGAGCAGUCGAGCAUGGUGGUCGCCGAGUUUACGACCAGGUUGGAGAAGCAGCUGGCGCUCACCGCCCGCGCCCUCCCCCGCCUCGACGAGGACGACCGCCUGACACCGAUCCUCAACCACCUCUCCAAGAACUUCAUCACGCCCGACGCGGCCUACAUGUCCGGCACGUCCGGCGCGCCCUCCGGCGCCGUCGUCUCUGCAGCCAGCAUAGACUCGCUGUCGCAACACUUCCCUGCGUGCGCCUCGCACCUGCACCGGUCGCUGCGUCGCGACGCGCACCUCAAGCACUACGGCCGCCUGCAGUACUCGCUCUUCCUCAAGGGCAUCGGGCUGAACCUCGAGGAGGCGCUCGCCUUUUGGCGCGGCGCCUUCCACAAGGUGACGGACGACGCGUUCAAUAAGGAGUACCGGUACAACGUGCGGCACGCGUACGGCGACGUCGGCGGCGACUCGAACCGCCGCGGCGGCGGCUACAGCCCGUUCAGCUGCCAGAAGAUCCUUACGGAGCACCCGCCGGGCCCGGGCGAGGCGCACGGCUGCCCGUACCGCCACUUCAACAUGGAGAACCUGACGGCGCUGGUGCAGGCGAUGGGCGUCAACGACAGGGCCGUCCUGCAGGGCGUCAAGGAGGACAAAGAUACGCAAAAGUACCACAUGGCGUGCAACCGUGUGUUUGAGCAUUUGCAUAAGCAGGAGAUCAAAAAGGCCAAGGAGGAGGGCAUCAUGACGAGCAACCAGCUGGAGACGAUCGUGCACCCCAACGAGUAUUUCAAGCGCAGCUACCUGCUCAAGAACUUGGGUAAGGAAACGGAGGACAGGAUGGAGGGGUAA